AUGCUUACAAGACUCUGGAUCGAAGGCAUCACUGACCCAACAGGCAGCAUGAUGGAGGCACAACCGUUGUGGAUGGAAGAUUCUGUUACAAAUCAUCCAUCAGUCAUCCAUCUCAGCCGAUGUACGGGAUGCUCUACGUCACAUAUUCCCCUACUCCCCUACUUUGGUGGUGAUGCUUACCAUGCUCCCGGCCUGGGUGGUGAUGCUUACCAUGCUCCCGGCCUGGGUGGUGAUGCUUACUAUGCUCCCGGCCUGGGUGGUGAUGCUUACUAUGCUCCUGGCCUGGGUGGUGAUGCUUACCAUGCUCCCGGCCUGGGUGGUGAUGCUUACCAUGCUCCUGGCCUGGGUGGUGAUGCUUACCAUGCUCCCGGCCUGGGUGGUGAUGCUUACCAUGCUCCUGGCCUGGGUGGUGAUGCUUACCAUGCUCCCGGCCUGGGUGGUGAUGCUUACCAUGCUCCCGGCCUGGGUGGUGAUGCUUACCAUGCUCCUGGCCUGGGUGGUGAUGCUUACCAUGCUCCCGGCCUGGGUGGUGAUGCUUACCAUGCUCCUGGCCUGGGUGGUGAUGCUUACCAUGCUCCCGGCCUGGGUGGUGAUGCUUACCAUGCUCCCGGCCUGGGUGGUGAUGCUUACCAUGCUCCCGGCCUGGGUGGUGAUGCUUACCAUGCUCCUAGCCUGGGUGGUGAUGCUUACUAUGCUCCCGGCCUGGGUGGUGAUGCUUAA